AUGGCAGUCCAGUCCUAACCAUAGAGGUUCAGGAGUGCACCAACCUGCAGGUCAACAAAAUUCUUCUUCUGCACUAGUUUGGCAUUUGGUGCUCUCAAAAGUCCUUGUCCACAAACCCCUGGAGCAUUAGGGGAUGGCUCUACACAGCCUUGGUCUCUGGAUCUGCCUUGCCUCGUUGAUGAAUGCUGUUGGUGUUUCUGGUGACUGCUGGCUCAUUGAAGGAGAAAAAGGAUUUGUCUGGUUAGCAAUCUGCAGCCAGAACCAACCUCCUUACGAAUCCAUUCCUCAGCACAUCAACAGCACCAUUGUCGACCUCCGCCUGAACGAGAACAAGAUCAGAAGCGUCCAGUACUCCUCGCUCAAUAGGUUUGGCAACCUGACCGAACUCAAUCUGACCAAAAACCAGAUUUCCUACAUUGAGGAUGGAGCCUUUUCUGCACAGUACAACCUGCGCGUCCUACAGCUGGGGUUCAACAAGCUCAGGAACAUCACCGAGGGGAUCCUGCGGGGUCUCGGCAGGCUGGAGUACCUGUAUCUCCAGGCCAACCUCAUAGAGGUGGUGAGUCCUAAUUCCUUCUGGGAGUGCCCAAACGUGAUGAACAUCGACUUGUCCAUGAAUCGGCUGCAGUCACUGGAAAGUUCCACCUUCCUGGGACUUAGCAAACUCUCGACUUGCGAACUCUACGGCAACCCGUUCGACUGUUCCUGCCAACUGCUGGGCUUCCUCAAGUGGCUGGUGCAGUUCAACAACACCACUAGGAACUAUGACCGCACUCAGUGCACGACUCCGGCCGAGUUUGCUGGUAGCCCGUUGCUGGGACAGGGUCAGUCUGGCUCCGAGGAUGCCCUGAGCUCCCUGCUUCUCCUGUGCAAUGAGGAGUUCCACUCCCUCGACCCCAGGUUCCUCUUCACGCAAAAACCCACGGCCACCUCCGCCACUUCUGAGAGCCCGUGCGAGGCCGAGGACUGUCCAUCGGGCGAGGAGUCCACCCCACUGAUCUCCUUCCAGACGCCAGUCAUCACGAUGGAUGUGACGCCGGAGCUAAAGCUGAAGGAGGUGUCGUACAACACGGUCACCCUACUGGUCCGCAGUCCGUCCUCCGCCGCCAUGCCCAGCCUCCUGGUUCAGUACAGCAACAGUGCGUCCAAGGAUGUGAAGAGCCUCGACACGCAGGAAGAGGAGAUCAAAGUGGAAGAGUUAGCCCCCAACACCAACUACACCUACUGCGUGGCCUCCGUGCGCAACUCCCUGCGUUAUAACCAGACGUGCAUCAGCUUCUCCACCAGGGCUAGGAUCAGAAGCAAACCACUACCAGCCCCUUCCAGCACCACGCACUACAUCAUGACCAUCCUGGGCUGCCUGUUGGGAGCGGCAAUCCUCCUCAGUGUGAUCUACUACUGUCUCCGGAAGAAGAAGGAAGAGCGGGUGAAGGACAAAAGACCAGGAGACGCAAAGAAGACAAUCAUUGAACUUAAAUACGCCCCGGAGUUGGAGACAAUCACUAUUACUCAGAUGGCGCAGAAACCUCCCCCCCCUUCCGAUAUCAUGUCUUCGAGGUUACCGUUCCUGCCCUCGCCGAGGGCAUUGGACGAGUACGAUGUGCAGGAGGAACUCGACAGUCCCAACACCAGCAGGGGUAGCUAUAUGGAUGUGAGGACAGGUGAACAUCCGUACCACCGGGACAUCCUGGAGAGUAUGUUCGCAGAGAGCCAUGACUCGGCGACCGAGAUCUCCACCAUAGCCAAGGAGGUGGACCAGGUCAACCUCAUCAUCAAUAACUGCAUCGACGCUCUACAGACCGAGAGCAGCUCGUUCCGCGGUCCCGGAUCCGGUGCUUCUAUGGAAUCACAAGGCUUCUUGCGGGCCGAUCAAGCCCUGGGCAAAUCGGGCUUCUUGUCGCCGGUGUACCGGGAGAGUUACCACCCACUAAAGAGGCACAGCAGCGUGGAUGCUGCGCCCAGGUGUCCCAGCAAUGCGUCCAACUGCUCGGUGCGCAGUCCCCGGUCGGUGCGCUCCGACAUCUAUGCUUGCCCCAGGUACAAGCCGGAAAAUAAGUAUAUUGAAAGGACCUCUCCGGCACGUAGUGCCGUCCUGAGCGCGACUCCGUGCCGAAUUGGGAGAGUAGAAGCGGGCCAAAUGCAAACCAACAGUGACCACCCUCACCUCUAUGCCGGCUUGCAUCCCGGGGAGAAAAAGCAAGCCAGGAGUCCAAGCCCCUGUGUCAUCGAAGCGCCGCCGCGAUCUCGCUCUCGCAGGAACCUGGCCUACACUCAGUUCUCCCCCCAGUACCACAGCGUCAGCUACGCCUCCAGCCCCGAGUACUCCAGCAAACCCUCCAAGGGCGUGUGGGAGCGCUACAAACCGCACGAGAAGUGGCGCAGGCAGGAGGAAUACCUGGCGGCCGGGUACGCGCUGAGAAAGAAAGUCCAGUUCGCAACCGAUGAGGAUUUGCAUGAUAUUCUAGAUUACUGGAAAGGGGUUUCCAGCCAACAUAAAUCCUGAUCCCUAAUUUGCCGGGACUACAUUG